UCCUGUGCGAGGAGUGGCGCAAUCUCUGUGAGAUCCCAGUUAAUGCUUUCGCUCUAGGAUCGCGGGGAGAGCUGGGGCAGAAGAGCCAGCAUUUAGCCUUGCUUAAGCCGGAUCGGGAGUACUUUUUUUUCUCCUCCUCCUCCUCCUCCUCCGCACCUCCUGCACCGGCUAAUGGAAGUUGCAGACAAACCCAUCAACAUCUGAGACCGAACCUGUGGUCAUCGCCUGCGCCCUGGGAAUACUCUAUUUGCACCGGACACAUGGUGAGGCAGGGAUGACUUCGGAAAAAUAACUACUCUUGAAGAACGUAGCCAACUCUACUGGAUUUUACAACACGGAAGCCAUACAAAACCCGGGGCUUUUGCCAUCUGCACAGAAUGAAUCUACACACUGAUUUUGCGCUUUCAUUCAUUUUAUCGUGAGAGUAAAAUGAAUUGCGCGGCGUGCAUGGUUAUGUCUGUCAGAACAGGUGAAAUGCAGCGACGGGUAAAAGGAAAUAUUUAUUUUACCCUGCUUUGAAGACGAUCUCCAAAGACUUUGUUAAUCCCGGACCUGCAAUACCUGUUCCCAAAGUGCCCUGUUUGCUGGCUGACCAGCCGACACAGGCAAUUGACAGAACUUGGCGACAGGAACUCAUUCGGAAGCUACAGGUUCAUUGGGAUAACGACGCCGACAUCCAAGCCAAGACCUGUGGUGUGUCGUUUAAUCGCCACACUGAGAGACAUACAUCACAUAUAGCAGAUAUACAGUUUUCUCAGUUCAGUCAAGGACAGGGUUUCCGAAACAAAGUGUGCAUGUAACUGGACAAAAGAUUAUGUAUCCGAUAUCGGUCGCACAUGCUCCCGAUUGAAAAGCCACACUUGUCCAACCAAACCGUUGAAUUACCAAACUGUCAUUCAGCAGCUGUGAAAAACUGUACCGAGAAUUGAUGAGAAUGGCUGGGGUCGGAUGUUGGAAAUAUUACCUUUGGAUUUUAAUGGUCAUAUGCCGGUUCGCGGUGCCAUUCGCCAAAUCCCUGGAAACAAUCAUGUGGAGCACACAAAAUCCCAAAUUCCAGGACGCCAAGGGCCUGGUCAUCUACCCCGACAUCGGGGACAAGCUGGACAUCAUCUGUCCGCGUGCGGAGGACGGCCAGGCGUACGAGUACUACAAGCUGUACCUGGUGAAGAAGGAUCAGGCGGAGAGCUGCAGCACCGUGCUGGACCCCAACGUGCUGGUCAACUGCAACAAGCCCGAGAAGGACAUCAAGUUCACCAUCAAGUUCCAGGAGUUUAGCCCCAACUACAUGGGCCUGGAGUUCAAGAGGAUGAACAACUACUACAUCACCUCCACGUCCAAUGGCACUCUGGAGGGCCUGGAGAACCGUGAAGGGGGCGUGUGCAAGACCCGCGCCAUGAAGGUCAUCAUGAAGGUCGGACAAGACCCCAACGCCAUCCUGCCGGAUCCGGUGGUGACAGACCUCCCAGGCCUGGAGGCAGGCGGAGAGUCCAGCCCAGCCAGCAGGGACACGGACGCGGCCGGCUCAUCAGACACCGGCAACACUGGGUCGGGUAACCAGAUCCCCAAGACGGGCGGCAGCGGUGGCACUGGUGGUGGCACUGGAGGCAGCGGUGGCAGCGGUGGCAAGGCUGGUGGUGGCCGCAGUGCCGGCGGUAGCGGUAGCCGUGACGACAGCUCUACCAGCAGCAGUAACGGUGGCAGCGGCGGCACCAGCGAGGGCUUCCUGGGCUCCAAGCUGGCCGUCUUCUCGGCCAUCGGCGCCGGCUGCGUCAUCUUCCUCAUCCUCAUCAUCUUCCUGGUGGUGCUCCUCAUCAAGGUGCGCAAGCGCGGCCGCAAGCCGCCCAGCCAGCAGUCGCGGCCCGCCGCCCUCACCCUCAGCACCCUCCACAGCCCCAAGGGCUCGGGGGGCGGGGCCGGCUCGGAACCCAGCGACAUCAUCAUCCCGCUACGGACAGAGAACAACUACUGCCCCCACUACGAGAAGGUGAGCGGGGACUACGGCCACCCCGUCUACAUCGUGCAGGAGAUGCCCCCCCAGAGCCCUGCCAACAUCUACUACAAGGUCUGA